AAAUAAAGGGAAGUGUUGGGGAAUGAAAGCCAUUCUCACUGCGGGUCGUUUUUAAAGUAGUAGAUAUCGCAAGGGUAUUUUUGAUUAGUUCAGCCGUCUCCAUAGAGACCGUGUGUUUGUCUGCUGCCAGCGGGUGUUGUUGGUGCCAGAUUUUUUCACCGCGCAUAAGUCGAUUUAUUUUUUAAUCUUGGCUAAAAUGUUAUGUUAAAUUUUGUGUUUGAUAAGUUAAAAGAAACAUAUAGCAAUAGGAGUAGUCUCUUUUUUAAAUUUAUGGCCAACCUGGUACUGUUACUUUCUAAGGCUAAGAAACAGGAUUACUUGUCCGCCAUGUUGUAACAAGCUAUUUCGGAGUUUCGUCAAAGAAAAUAAAACAAUAAUAGCUGCGAUAUAGACUUUGCGUAAAUAUAUUGUACACUGGCAGGUAGAGACCAAUACAUAAUAUAAAGUUUCAAUAUUGGAUUGAAUGACAUGUUGUAAACAUUGAGUGAAGAUAAGAGGCAGUGGUUGUUCGCUUGUUACAGCUUCAAUAAAUUCGUAUACUCUUCACGGACACAAGAAAUUGUGUAAAAUAUUUGUGUAACUACAGAUCCACUGGAUAAUUAGAUCUACAGCUACACACUUAGAAGUCAUAAAAUUUAAGUUGAACUAAACUAGACAACGAAAGAGAGAAACUACAAAGGCCAGAGAGUGAAGCAUCUGAAAAUGGCUACGAAAGCCAACUCAAACUUCAACAGGCUAUGCUCAGGAGGCAAGAACUUCUAGACAAAAUUAGACAAGAGCAAUUAGACGACAAACGACCUCGAACCUACACACCUAGAAGGCGAUACACACCAUCUUUAUUAUUACCUCCACCAUCAAGGCGGUCCCUGCCUGACAUAAAUACCAAACAAUAUCAUUUUGGUUACUACGGCAACGGCAAUAAUAAUACUAACAACACUGAUAUGGCCCAGGUGAAACAUAUCAUAGAGCACCAGUUUAAACAAGCCCCACAGCCUAGUUACUCACUCCCCCCAAUACAGACACAGGCUAUACAGCCAAUCGUUCAGCCCCUAAUUUAUUUCCCACAGCCUGUGGCCCAGACUGAAUUAGUUCAAAUCCCAGCCGUGCAUCAAACGUUGGCCUAUCCUGCACUUACAGUACGUUCUACAGACAGGAAGGACACUAUGUUUAAUAAAUCAGACUUUAUGGACAUGAUGAUGCUUCAGAAUGCACAGAUGCACCAUAUGGUGAUGCAGCAGAUGAUGUUGCACCAGCUACCAGGUGCUCGCCCAGCUACCAUGCCAUUUGUAGAGCCAGCCGCUCCUGUGGCACUGAUGCGGCCAGCCCCAUCAGUCUACCAUCACCACAUAAACAGUCAACCAAAUUUUAUGCCGCCCAUGGACUAUCGGGGUAUGGGUGGUAAUGGUGGAUAUUACGGUCGCAGUUUAGGGCGACGUCCAUUCAACCGCAGAUCAAUGCCACCCAUAGGGAACAGGGCGCCUGUUGAUUCUUACUCUUACAGGACACCAGUUGUCAGGACGGAUAAUAAAGGAGGUGCCAGACCCAGCAGUGUUUUCCUGUUCGGUAUUAUACUCAAAGAGAUAGUAGCUGCCUUGCAUAGAAUUUAUCUGAACCCAAGUGGAAACAUCUACCCGGUCAUGCAGGACAUCAUCGGCCCUGGUGCCCAGGAUUUGAGCCAGCUCCUCUACGCUCCAGGACCAGCGCAGGACGGGCCCAGAGGUCGUGGUAGGGGCAGAGGUGGUGGUGGUGGUGGUGGUGGUGGUCGAGAUGACCCCAGGGGUCAGCUGAUUCAGAUCCUGCAAUACGUCAUCGAGAACUUGAUCUACCAUAUGACGGAGAUUAUGCCAAAGACUGGAGUGCUGGGGACACACAAAAAGGCGGCAGUUUUUGAAAUGAUCAAGAGCGGGAAAAGAUUUCCCGACGGCUACUUUUGGCAGAUAGAACUGGACCGGCUUGAGUUUGACGGCAACGGACGGACAGUCAACGUGGGCAACCUGGAGGCUUUCAUCCUUCUUGUGGGCAUUUUUCUAUCCAGAAGCUUCAUCACAACACUUCUGAUGAAACCAGUGGACUAUGGUCUGUCCAACGAGACGCUGAGCGACACAGCGGAACGUAACCUGAAGAUACUGGCCAGUUGUUUGCUGUUCCUUGUACGCCGUGUGUCCGUCAGGAGAGAGUCGCCGAUGCUGCCCAUGCCCGGUGAGGUGGCCAGGUACGUGUUUGCUGACGAAGAGAUGAGGCCGAUACAUCUGAGACUAAGGCGGACCUACGAGUACUGUGAGAACUUGCUGCGGGAGUGGGGCUCCGAAUACAUCAAGAGACUCCGACAGGCGGGGACCACCACCACGACAACAACAACCUAACAUCACCACCAUCCUCAUCAUCCCCACCAUCACCAUUGUCUCCUAGCAAGCGCAGAUAACUUCUGUACUUAACACGUUAUUGAAGACUCCCAGACAAGAGUUAUCCAACUUUUCUAGCUUUCCAUAAUAAUAGAAACAAAAAAUGACAACACAUUGUAACUAAAGUCAAAAGUCACACAACAUUUCUAUUGGUCCAUUAUGUCUAAUAGUUAGCACGAGCUUUCUACCUAAUACAACAGGGGUUCUCAACCUGUGGGUCGCGACCCCUUGGGGGGUCGAUUGACGAUUUGCCAGGGGUCACUUAGACCUUCGAUAAAUGGAUUGUUUUUUGUCAAUUCUUCUAUUGCUGUGCAAAUGUGGGUGGGUAGGGGUCGCGGAAGAGUGGGGAGUUGUAAAAAGGGGUCGCCGAGCUUAAAAGGUUGAGAACCGCUGUAAUACAACGUAGUAAUAUUUGUUAGUGACCUAAGAAGAACUCAAUAUCUUGAUUAAACAUUAUAAUCUUGCAAUUACUUAACCGCUCUGAUUAUCUCUAGUGUUCCAGCUUCUAAUAACGCAAAGGAACAUUUUACACUAACCCGGAUGUAGUACCAAUGACAUUUAACCUAUUUGUAAACUCGAUCGCCAUAUGUCCAUUACACGCUAUAGAAAUGAUGUUGAACCUGGCUGUAUUAUGUACAUAGGAGAUUGUUUGAAUACAUUUUUAUAAUUACAUUUGUCACCAUCGUGUGUUGCGUGAGAAUAUUAUGAUGUAAUAACAUAAUGUAAUUAUAGGCAUGACCCUUUCAAUUUGCAUAAUAAGAGUGAAUAACUUUUGUAAAACUUAGAUGAUUGAAUCCGUUACCUAAGUUCACACAUAUACAUUAGCAUAUCGUUUUGAUAUAGUUAUGCAAGAAGUCUAUACAUUUUGUUAUCAUUUGUAUGUGAUAUGAGUAUUGUUGGUUUACUUAAGUGUAUCUCUUUAGUUGAAGAUGUAGUGCUCGAGGUUACAGGUUUCAGACUGUCACCACGAAGGUGUCGAGUUUGAACCCUGCCCGAAUCACACAAAAAAAGCUAACAAGUGAGUAUAAAGUUCAAAUAGAUUGAUAAUGGUAUAGCACAGCAAUGAAUACAUAAUCGGAGUAAAAGGGGGAAAAAUGUAUAUCUGCAAAA